UAACUGUAACCGGAAGCUUUAGAGGGCGCUGGCUGCUAGCAGUGCGCGAAAGAAGAAGAAUCAUUUGGCACUGGUACAAAAAUCAAAAUAAACGGUUAACGAAAGUGGUUAUUGCUUAUAUUAUCCAUUUUACCUGACGACUAUAAACCGUGUACGUCCUUCUAUGGACCACAGAGCUAGAAAAAGGAUUAGAGAAGCGAAAUCGAGAGCGAGACCAGAGCUAAGCAGUGAAAAGAAUGGCUGGUACAAAUACAACUUCUGCAACAAUUUUGACUUGAGCCUCUCACAAGUCAAAGACAAUGUGAUUCGUGUUGAUGUUUCCAAAGUUAGCCAUGCAGAAUUUGUGGAAAAAUACGAGAAGACCUAUGUCCCAGUGGUCCUCACAGGAGCACAGAGCAGCUGGGAUUCUGAGAAGAAAUGGUCCCUUGAGCGAUUGUCAAAGAAAUAUCGCAACCAGCGGUUCAAGUGUGGCGAGGAUGAUGAGGGCUAUUCCGUGAAACUGAAGAUGAAGUAUUUUGUAGAUUAUAUGAAGAACAAUACAGAUGAUAGCCCACUGUACAUAUUUGACAGUAGCUAUGGAGAGCACCCCAAGAGAAAGCGACUUUUAGAGGAUUAUCAGGUGCCCAACUAUUUCAGUGAUGACCUGUUCAGUUAUGCUGGUGAAUCUCGAAGACCACCAUACAGGUGGUUUGUAAUGGGCCCUGGGAGAUCAGGAACCGGUAUCCACAUAGAUCCCUUGGGAACCAGCGCUUGGAAUGCCCUUGUGAAUGGAUACAAGAGAUGGUGUCUGUUGCCAACUACAACCCCGAAGGAGAUGUUGAAGGUCAAGGCUGAAGAGGGAGGAAAGCAGCGUGAUGAAGCCAUCAGCUGGUUUACUCAUGUCUACCCCAAAACUCAGAGUCCGUCCUGGCCAAAACACCUCAAACCGCUAGAAAUUCUCCAGCAUCCAGGGGAAACGGUGUUUGUUCCUGGGGGAUGGUGGCAUGUUGUCAUUAACCUCACAGACACCAUCGCUGUCACACAGAACUUCUGCAGUGUCACCAACUUCCCCGUAGUGUGGCAUAAGACUGUACGUGGUAGACCCAAGCUGUCAAAGAAGUGGUACAAGGUACUCAAGAGGGAGCGUCCUGAGUUGGCUGCUGUAGCCGAUGCUGUAGACCUCAGGGAGCCCACAGGUUUCAACUCUGACAGCUCCAGCUCUGCCUCCAGCUCCAGCUCCAGUUCCAGCUCCGACAGUGACUCGGACUCCGACUGGGAAAACACCAGGAAGAGACGCAAGGUCAUGAGGUCAAGGUCUCUCACACCCAAUGGAAGCAAGCAGCGCCAUGCAUCUCCACAUCGCAGCAAGCGGAGGUCAAGUUCAAGUUCAAGGUCUUGUGAUAGUCGUGAAAAUGAACAUUCACAGAGGAGCGUAUCAAGCACCCCCAAGAACUCCAGAUGACAGGGUUGACUACGAUUAAAUAACCUGGUGCUUGGUGACAUCUGACCAGAUAGUCAAUGUCCUUGCUGCUAGCGUUAGGAUUAUAUCGUAAACCACAGGGUUGGAAGAACUGCAAUAUUGUGUCUUUGGUGAAUAACCUUUCUCUUUGAAGAUACACUUUAUCUAAAUGUUAUUUUUACGUCGUAUGAAUAACAAGUGUAAAUAAACGUUUUUGGUAUGCAAAAAACUGCAGGAAAAGUUUCCAUGUAAAGUGCUUUGAGCAUGUUGAGUACUUGGUGUAGUUCUAUCACAGAAGUUAUGUUUGUUUUUUGGUGAGAAUGGUUUCAUGGCAGACAAAGCUAAGGCAGUAAAUACUUACUCGUUUUUCUUCUGGCUAGGUGUUGGCCUCUGUGUUUUUUAGUAUCUGGUCACAUUUUCCCAAAACCAAGAGAGUUAACUGACUAUAUCAGUUCAGUUUCCACCAUUGCUAAACAGGUAGGAAUUUGAUUGAAGUGCCAGCAAAGACUUUUACAAUAUAUUUCCAUUUAUAUCCCUCCUGUUGACCAAUCAGAUUAACCUCUCAUACCCCUUGUAUUUGCUUCAAACAAAAUGGAGAUGUCCUGUUGAGACGAUCGUAAUAAAACAGCUUUUAUCAUACAGUGCUGCAGUUCACUUGAGCAUGAUUGAAACAUUAAAUAUCCUCAAAUGCUUUUCCAAUCCUGUAAUCGACCUUAGUCUACAUAGCAGUCACUUGUUUCCAAGACCCAUAAAGAUGAGGGUUAGAAUUGGUCUUCAGUAUCCCAUGCUUGUUGUAAGUGGCGACUAACAGGAUCAGGUGGUCAGGCUCACUGACGUGGUUAACACAUGUCUACAAUUGUUUAGAUCGAUGCUCAUACUGUUGAUCACUGGAUUGUCUGGUCCAAACUUGAUUAUUUACAGACCACCGCGAGAAUAUUGCUGAGUGCGGCGUUAAACAACUAACCAGUCAACCUUGUUUCUGGACUGGAUUAUGUAAUUUGGUUUUUCAGUUUUUUGUGGCUUUAGAAAGUUUCCUGUGCUGAUCAGGCUCAUCCUCACAGAUUCUACCCACAGUCUGUCUGACACAUAACACAUGGUCAUAACACAUACAAUGCUUAUCAAGCUAAUUCAGGAUGUUUUUUUCUCUUCGUAAAAUCAUAAUUUGUUGCAUGUGUUUUAGUUUUGAUGUUAAUUUCCAUGUGCUCAUUUCCAACUUUAUUCCUCUUCAUUGAAGCUGACCGCCAUCCCAAGGCAAUAACAUUCCCAAUGUGUUUGCUUAAGUGCGGUUAUGUAGGUUUGUUUGUUACAAGUGGUCUACAUUCAAAAGGGUAAUAUUGAAAGAGGUACAUUUAGUGUUUUUCUGCAUUUGUCCAGUUUUGGAAAACAACUUUUAAAAUAUAAGGUAGUGCAUGAGUUCUGGAAAUGUACGACUAUUAUUUGAUUUAAACAUUAUUAGACAUUCACUUGAGUAUCACCUAGCUUUCUACACUUGCAAGGUUUCUACAUCUGACAUUACCAAAUAUAUAAGUAAUGCUUAUAUGAAUGAAGAGGGCAUCUGGGCAAAAUGUAAGUGCAUAUAUUUGAUCGGACACCUGGUAUCUGUAGAUGUAUGUCAUGUAUGUACUUCUGUAUAUGUAGAUCAGUAUGUCACCAAGAAACAGCAUACUAUUCAUCAACCUCUGGUUACAUUGUGUAUUGUUUUUAUGGUGUUUUAAUUGUAGAAAAUCAACAAGUGGGCAAUCUGGGUGUGUUCAUGUGUGUGCUGUUUAUAGAUUUGGGAGUUCAAUGUGUAAGAUAUCUCAGUUUAUUGAGAUUUAAGAACAAAUGUUGUGUAGAUCUGUUACAGAUAUAAGUGAGCCAAUAUGAUAGAAAUGCUUGUUGGUAUACAUCACAAUAUUGACUUUCCCUCCACUGCAACCUGACUGUGAUUGAGGUCACUGUCCGAAUCCUGUCUUGUUUCACAUCAACUAACUAACAAGUGUAGCUUUGCCUGAUCUUGUUUCGUUUACAACCAGAUGGUUGGUGUUUGAUAUUUCUGAUAGCAAGAACAGUGGGCCAUUAUAGGGGUGUGUUUAUAUGGCAUGGAGGUGUGAGGAGAUUGCCCACAGUACCUGUGUAUGGGCUGCAGAAUAAUUAACAGUAGGAAUCUAAGCUAUCUGUGUGUAUCAGAGCAGAUUUGCCUUUGUACUUUGCCACCACAGACUUUUAACCAUCAUGUGUAUCAAUUCUUAUUUCUCUGACACAAUUUUCCCCCCGGUACAAUGCCAAAGAGUCAUCUCUAUAACUAAUUGAAAGAAAGAACACUGAUGCUCUUGUAGUGAGGUAAAGCGUUGUGUGAUGUCACUCCCAUUCCUAUCGCCUCAACAUUACAAAGGCUUUAUAUGUUUAUCUGGGCUAGUGAAGCUUUAGUUUUGUGUGACCCUCAUGUGGUCAGUGUAGUGGGAUAUCAGCAGGCUUCCUUUAGCCUAAUUAGUGCAGCAAUUACCUUCGUGUAGUUGUCUUCCAUUGCAGCAGGACACAGCAAUCUGUCCUCAUUAUCAUCUGCUCAUGUUUCAAACAGAGAAGUAAACCUCAUUUGGCAUUUUCCUCCAAAUGUAAAGUAGAUGGAUGGUGAUGUAACCAGAUCACAGUUCAGCUUAAACUUACUCAAUGCCAGAACUCACCUGUUCUUCUAUGGAUGGACUGACUUGCAUGACUCUGAGACACCCAGUGGAGUGGCUAAUGUUUCAACCAAGUCAGCAGGUUUUCCCCUCAGCUGCUCAAGAUGUUGAGGAGUAAUGUUGAAUUUGUGUGCUGAAGAUGUUAUAGUGCUCCCAAUGUAAUAUGCCGAGUGUGAAAGUGAAUGAAGUGUUCUUUUACCGAACAGCUUACGAAGAGCCUGUACUUUUGACUUCCCAUGCCUUGUUCUCUGUUCAGAAAGAAUACUUUAGCUGUGCUAUGUAAACCAAACUAUUAUGCAGGGAUUACAUUGUGAGUAUAUAUUCAAGAAUUAUUGACUGUCAAUAAAAUGUUGAUUUUCCAGUGUUUUAAA